AUGACUUCUACAGUAGACCCGGCCCCAGUUCAUUCUCCUCCAGGACAUGAUGCCCAGCGUCCGAGAGGCAUCCUAAAGCAUACUUCGAGCCAUUCUCACACCUCCCCGCCGUCGGCUACGUCUCCCCGCCAAGGUCGCGAGCGGUCCAUGUCCGGCAAAGAAAUCACCCUUGCCAACACCCAAAUCAACGCUGGCCAUCGACGCUCCUCCUCCUCUGCUACCAGACCAUUUGGCUCGCGCCGCUCCUCCACCCACGACCCCGACGGCCAAGCCGAGUCGUCGCAGCGUCUCAAGUGGGACGAGGCAAACCUGUACCUGACGGAGCAGGAGCGCACUUCUACUAUGAAAAUCACCGAGCCCAAGACUCCCUAUGCCAAACACUACGACCCGGCCGAGGACCCAUCCGACGAUGAGGAUUUUAUGGAGGGUGGUGGUCUUCGGCGCAAAAUUUCAGGUCCGGGCGGUGAAGAUGACAUUCCGGGCCUCAGCCUGGGCGAUCCGGAGGAAGAGAUUCCAGAAACAGACGUUCCGCCACAUGUGCGCCAACCCUCCGAAAAGACGGUUCAUGUGGAUGAUCAAGAUGCCACCCCCUCCGCCGAAGAGGAACUGGUGGGAAUUUCGCCAGAGGAACGUGAAAAGCACCGUCAGUUUGAGGCCGCGCGCAAGAAGCACUACGACAUGCACAACGUCGCACAACUCCUCGGCGCGCCGGAAUCCAUCCCUGACGACGAAGACGAAGACGACGACCAGGAGGUGCCCCCAGUGCCUCCACUGCCGAAUGGCUCACAUUAA